GCGCGGGCGGCGGCGCGGGCUGUGCGCGCGCGCCAUGAAGGAGACGCGCGGUACUUCCAGGCAGCAGAACCAGCCUCAAGGGCACUAUGGACUUACCUCUCCAAUUAGCUUGGCUCCUCCUAGUGACAAAGACCACAUCCAUACCCAGAAGCUGAUUGAAGCCAUGAAGCCAUUUGGGGUGUUUGAGGAUCAGGAAGAACUCUAUCACAGGACAACUGUUCUUGGAAAACUGAAUAACUUUGUCAGAGAAUGGAUUUCAGAGCUUGCUGAAAGCAAGAAUCUUCCCCCUUCAAUAACAGAGCAAGUUGGUGGCAAAAUAUUUACAUUUGGCUCCUACAGACUUGGAGUACACACCAAAGGUUCGGACAUAGAUGCCCUUUGUGUUGCUCCCAGUCACGUGGAAAGAUCAGAUUUUUUUCAGUCAUUCUUUGAAAAGCUGAAGAAUCAAGAGGAAGUGAAAAACCUGAGAGCCAUUGAGGAUGCAUAUGUACCCGUUAUCAAAUUUGAGUUUGAUGGCAUUGAGAUUGAUCUCGUGUUCGCCAAGCUCUCUUUGCCAACGGUUUCUGACGAUCUCGAUCUCAGGGAUGACUCGUGCCUCAAAAGCCUGGAUAUCAGAUGCAUACGGAGCCUGAAUGGCAGCAGGGUUACAGAUGAGAUACUGCGCCUGGUGCCCAACCUGGAGAACUUCCGGCUCACGCUCCGUGCGGUGAAACUGUGGGCAAAACGACGUGGUGUUUACUCCAACAUCAUGGGAUUUCUUGGUGGAGUCUCCUGGGCCAUGCUGGUAGCAAGAAUAUGUCAACUCUACCCAAAUGCUUUGGCCUCUACUCUCGUUAACAAGUUCUUCUUGAUUUUUUCAAAAUGGGAUUGGCCAAAGCCAGUAUUGCUGAAACGACUUGAAGAGAGCUUUCUUAAUUUACCAGUCUGGGACCCUAGGGUGAACCCAUCAGACAGGUACCACGUGAUGCCCAUCAUCACCCCGGCCUAUCCACAGCAGAACUCCACCUACAACGUGUCUGUGUCAACACGAGCAGUCAUGGUGGAGGAGUUCCAACGUGGUCUUGAAGUUACAGAUGAGAUUCUCAAAGGAAAAUCAGACUGGUCAAAGCUCUUUGAACCCCUGAACUUCUUUCAGAAGUACAAGCAUUACAUUGUGCUGACUGCCAGUGCCUUCACAGAAGAGCAUCACCUAAACUGGAUUGGCCUCGUCGAGUCUAAAAUCCGUGUGCUGGUUGGAAACUUGGAAAGGAAUGAAUUUAUAACUAUUGCACACGUGCAGCCACAGUCUUUCCCUGGCAAUGAAGUUCUCUAUAAACAGAGUGGAUAUGUAUCAAUGUGGUUUCUUGGGCUUGUGUUUAAGAAAGCAGAAAGUGCAGUAAAGACUAACGUUGAUCUAACACAUGGGAUACAGUCAUUCACAGAUACAGUUUACAGGCAGGCCAGUGCCCUCAACAUCCUAAAGGAAGGUAUGAAGAUUGAGGCAACUUAUGUGAAGAGAAAGCAACUCCAUUAUUUUUUGCCAGCAGGAACCUUACAGAAAAGAAAGAAGCAAAGGGUGUCAGAUAUUAGUCAAAAUAAUAGUGGACUUCAGUGCAAAAGGUCUUCUUUAGGUGAAAGCUGUUCGGAUGGUUCCAAAGACAGAGAUUCCAGAACACCCUCUAAUUCCUCUUCGUUAAAUAAGAUAUCUAAGUUGGACAUCUCUACAGCAGACACAGAAAGAAAUGUUGAAUGUCAGAGUUGUAGUGGUGCCAACAGUGUAGCUGAGCCAUCCACGUCUAAGGGACUUUGCAUUCCUGUGACUGACCCAAAAAUGGAGGCUACAGUUGCACUAAGAACAUCGGGACCUCCCACUGGUUGCACCAUUCCAGGAUAUAACACGCUAAACGUGUGGGACUCCGAUUUCACAGAAAGUGGAUACCCUCAAGAUGGGAGGAAGAGAGCUGCAAAAAAUGGUGUCCUUGAUGGAAAAUCCAUGCAGAUUCCAGUGAUCACAUCAAGAUCACAGAGGCUUUCCAGUAAAGAACUGCCAGAUUCUUCAUCUCCUGUUCCAACAAAUAGCAUUCGUAUUAUUAAAAGAUCCAUCAAACUUACCCUUAAUGGGGUUUUAAGAAGAAUGUUCAGGGUUUUGAGAAGAACAUUCAGGAAGAAUUUAGGUUACUAGUUUCUCAGACUUGAUCCAUUGGUGAAUUACACGUCUUAUCUUAAUGUGUCUUGACAUAUAAGCAUGUCAAGUGUGAUGUUAAGUGACGUCAGUGUUCUGGAGUUUCCCUGGAUGCUGCAGAAGUUCGAUGCUGCCCCGGGACUCUGCAGAUUAGAAUUCAGCUGUUUGUAAAUAAAGUUGAAACUUACUCAACUGCGGUGUUCUGCUCUGUUAAAGUGAUUGGAAGGGAAGUUACUCCUGCGUAAGGACUCGGUGAGGGAAGCGCUUUGGUAUCAGACUUCCUCCAAACGUUGUUCUUUUCUCUCUGCUUUCUUAGCUGGUUGCUGGGUGUCUGGCUUGAGCAUGGGUCCCUCAUCUCAAUCUCUUCCAAGAGGAGCAGCUCUGCAUUGAAAUUGUGUCUGGUCAGUAACUUUGAGCAAGAAGUUCCCUUGCAGGAGUUAACAUCUGUGGUUUUACUCAUUAGGUACAAGCAAAGAAGCAGUUGUUGUGAAGUCACCUACACUUUGGCUGUAACAAUUGAUUUUCCUGUAGAAAGUGAGAGAAAGUACUUACUUUUUGCCUUAAGGAGGAAAAAGCAGAGGAAAAAAGGUAUCUUGAGGUUUGUUAAACUUGGUUGUGGGAGAGAGGGGGCUUAUUGUCUUAUGUAACACUGAGUGACAUAAGCUGUUGAGCCUAAAAAGACCAGCAAAAACUCCUGGCUGUAUUUUGGCAAUUACCUCAUCACACUUCUUAUAAAGAGUGUGAUCCUGUGCAUUAUUCUAGUAAAUGAAGAGCCGUGGUCGGAGGGUGCAGGCAAAGGGCUCGUACGCAGCCCAGCCCAGCCUGCUGCUCCCUCUCUCUGGCCCCGUGCUGCGGGGGCUGCGUGUCCUUUCCCGGGCUCGCAGGGGAGCUGUGCCCGUCCCACGCCCGGGCCGGCUUCCUGCGCCGGGGGCGGGCUGCGAGCCUGCGUGUGCUGUGACAGUGCCGCGUGUGGCCCCCGCGGAGCGUCACUGCUGCCGCCGCGGCCACCCGCCUGCGGGGACAGCCUGAGCCCCUCUGUGCCUGCCUCGCCCUGAGCCCUGCGGGACUAAGCAGAGUCAGUGCCCCGGGCUGGAGUCCAGCCUGGAGCGGUGCUGGGCGCUCCUUGCUGCCUGCAUCGUGUUGGCCAGUGCGGACUGUCCCAUGGGUGAGGGUUUCUCCAUCCAUCAUCUGCCCUUGCGCGUGGCCCAAGGGCUCAGGGCUCCAGGCUGGUGGACCUUGGGUGUUAUUAUGGGAGGGUCUUGACAAAGCAGUAGCCUGGGGACUGAUUUUUGGUCUUAUUCUGGAAAAUACAGCCUGUUAAACUCUCAGCUGUCUGACCUUCAAGAAAUUGAUAUGGACUGCUCAUCCUUGGGCAGUUCCUCUUUCCUGGGAAGACACUGAAUCCUCAUGCUGUCUUCUCCCAACCUUGUUUCUUAUUCAUACCUCAUCUUUUUUUCAUUUCUUGUGAUCUCAGACUCUUGCCUGUUUUCCUUUUCCCUCUGAUGAUUCUGAUUUCCCUCUUGCACCUGAGUCUCUCUUUCUGAAUUUGAACUGGGUAAUACAUUAUUUGGUAGUGAUGAGUGAAACUCCCAUGAGUCCUGAAAACUAGAGGAGAAAUAACCUGCCCUGUUUCGGUUUCAGCCUGGCAAUCAGCUGCCUCCUGUGGGUACCAUCCACCUCACUCUCUGCAUGUCUUUGCAGUGGAGAGAAAGCUGAAAAUUUUGGCUGCUGAAAGCAAGUCUGGCAAACAUAUGCAAGGUCAAUCUUUUCCAAGGAAGAGCAAAAAAUCCCAGUCGUGACACCAGCACGGCCUCCUUGCUGAAUUUCAUGUCCCUGUUUCUGAAAUGCAAAGGAGUUUCUUAAAAGUUUAAGAAUUCUUUGAAUAUAGUUAAAGCAUAUGUUCCCCAUGGUCAUUCGUAGAAAAAUGACUGAGUCAUAUUUGUUCUGUUUUUCCUAAAAAAUCAUCUCAAGGGGCAGUGUAUGUGAUCAUGUGAAGAAAAGGUAUUGGCAAACAGGGAGUGACUGAAAAUGUGGCCUUAAAAUAGGAAGUGUUGACUAGCCGUAACCAACAAUGCGUGUUGAUGAUAAUAGGAUAAAAAUAAGAGGUUGUAGCAAGAAGGUACUAAAGCUAGAACAGGCUAGAGUUUAUUUUAUCCCUGCAGUUUUAAUUCUGCUCUGUUUUUCCAGUGUGGUCACUUGGCCAGAACAGAAAGCUAUACCACCUACUCUGAGUGCAUGCACGCAAGGAAGAAAAGCUGAGGUUUUGUGAAUCACUUGAUGUGUAAUUCUUGGCUAAAUGCCUUCAGCACUGCU